GCUUCCAACUCCGACCCUAACGGCUUCCACGCCUCUGCUCCCAGAGACGAGCCUCUCACCAAGACUGGCCACCAGCCCGGAAAGCUCGUCGGCAACGAUGCUGCUCCUGAGUUCCACGCCCAGACCCUUCCUGCUGGCACCGCUCCUCCUGAGCAUUCUUGUCAAUUGCUCAUUUCCUCGCAAUCCCCCAACAACGAUGCUGAUGCUACCCCUGCUCAGGGCGGCGUCUCUGCAUCAGACACCAUCGGCGGUGCCACCUCCCAAGAGGUCCACACCGGUCUUGGUCACCCCGGCCAAGGUCAGUCCUCUGCUGAGCUGAGACACGACGGUGCCUCGCACAACAAGCACGCCGGCACCGGUCUUGACGGCCUUCUCUCUGGCGCCCAAGGCAAGACUGUCGACGCUCGUCUUCCCGAGAACGCCGGUCAGCGCAACCUUGAGAGCGACAAGGCCAUUGGCGGCACCCGCAGCAACAUCUCCAACGCUGAGGACAGAAUCCCCGACUCUGCC